AUGAAAAAGGAAGAAGACGAAAUUAAGAACAAAAUAAAAGAACAUAUAUACAACAAUAUAAAAAAGAUAGAUCAGGAAAAUAACUUUGUGGAGGACAGGAUAUAUUAUCAUAUGAGAAAGGACUAUGAAACAAAUAUUGAUAAUAUAAAAGUAAAGGAUAACAUAAAAAGUAGUAAUGAAAUGAAAAAUAAUAAAUCAAGUAAUAUUUAUGUGGCUGACAAGCCAUACAAUACAUUAUACGAAAACAACAAUAUAAAUAUAAAUAAAAAUAAUGUUUUAAAACAAGUACAAAGAAAAAAUACAGAAUAUAUUAAUGAAGAUAUGAAAUAUGUAGCAUUAAAUUAUAACAAGAACUUGGAAAAUAAUAAUAUACAUCAUAAUGAUUACAAUAGUAGUAAUACAUAUAAUAUGUAUAAUAAUAAUAAUAAUAAUAAUAAUGAUAAUGAUAAUAAUACAAGUAAAUAUUUAGAUUCUGUAGGAUUUAACAACAGCUUUAAUAAUAUUACAACAUUUGCAAAAAAUGAAAAUGUGAAUAUGAAUGAACAAGAUAAUAAUGUGUAUUAUAAAAUAAAUAAAAAUUAUUUAUUAUUAUUGAAUAAUGAUGAAUUAAAAUGGAUAAGAGGAAAAAAUAAUUACUCCAAUGCUAAUAAUACAAUGGAUAAUAAUAGAAAAGCUGAAAAUAAUAACAACAACAAUAAUAAUAACAAUAAUAAUAAUAAUAAUAAUAUUUAUAGUAAUAAUAAUAUUUAUAGUAAUAAUAUUUAUAGUAAUAAUGUGUGUUCCUUAGAAAACAAUGUCAAUAUUUUAAAUAAUGACAAAAGAGAAUAUAAUAGUAACAACCAUUUAGGUACAUAUAAUGAAAAUAUGGAAUAUAUAUCUAUAAUUCCUGACUUACUUAAAUCAUAUAAUUCUAUAAACGAUAUAAUAAACUUUGAUCAUCUUUCUUUAUAUCAGGAUAAUGAUACACAUAAUAAAAUAAAUAUAUUUAGUAAUAAUAUAGAAGAUGAACAAAAUAAUAAUAGAAUCACGAAUAAUAAAAUAUUUCAACAUCAAAUGGAGAUACUUGAAACGAAUAAGAAAGAAAAUGAUAUAUAUCUUGAGAAAGUAGACAAAUAUAAUUUAUCAAAUAAUCAUAAUAAAAAUAAUAUUAUUAAAGGUUCAUAUAACAACGAAAAAAAUAAUUAUGUACAUAAUUUUUUUAAUUAUUAUAAACAACAUGAUAAUGAUGAUGAUAUUAAUAUUAUACAUAGUAAUCAUCAAACGAAACAAUCUGAAAAAAUUUGUAAUAGCAUAAAGAAAACUAAUAAUAUAUUCUUUAAUAAUUACAAUAAUAUUGGAGACAACAUUUAUAUAUUGGAUGAAAAAAAUAAAAACAUAUUUACAAAUAAUAAAAAAUAUUUAAAUAUGGAACAACCAACCAAUUUAUAUAAUAAAAAUGUAGAUCAUAUAAGGACGGAAAAUUCAAAUGUGUAUGAUAAUAAAUUUCGUAUAUCCUUUAUGAAUAAUAUGGGUUCUUCGAUUUUUAAAGAUGUGGUUAAUAAUAAAUCUAGGAGUAACUACAGCAACGAUUUUGAGAGAGACAUAAAUAAUAAAAUGAUAAACGUGGCUAAUAUGAACAAUAUGAACAAUAUGAAUAAUAUGAGCAAUAUGAACAAUAUGAGCAAUAUGAACAAUAUGAACAAUAUGAAUAAUACGAAUAAUACGAAUAAUACGAAUAAUACGAAUAAUACGAAUAAUAUAAAUAAUUUAAAUAAUACGAAUAAUAUAAAUAAUUUAAAUAAUAUAAAUAAUUUAAAUAAUUUAAAUAAUACGAAUUUUAUGAAUUUUAUGAAUAAUAUAAAUAAUGUAAAUAAUACGAAUAACAUUAAUAAUAUAAAUAAUUAUUAUUCCAAUCUUUUUAAUAGUCCCAUAUCCUCUUUGAAAAAUCAAAACGCUCAUAUCAAAGAAAAAGAAAUAAACCUUUCACAGCAAAAAUAUGCACAAGCCGCAUUUAAUUCUUAUAUAGAUGAUCAGGAAAACAAAAUACAUAUUAAUAAUAAAGCUUUUUCUAAAACAAAUACUUAUAAUAAUUCUGUUGAAGUGAAUACAAAUAGAAAAAUAUUUAAUGUAAAAGAUAAUAAUAGUAAUAAUAAUAGUAAUAAUAAUAAUAGUAAUAAUAAUAAUAGUAAUAAUAAUUCUUUUGUUAGUAAUAAGGAAAAUAUAUUAAAUAUGAAUAAGAUUAAUAUAAACACAGAUAUAAAUACACAUAUGAAUACACAUAUGAAUACACAUAUGAUCACACAUAUCAACACAUAUGUAAAUAAUAAUAUAUUAAAUGAAGACGAAACAAAUGUAACAUAUAAUACGUCAAACAUAAUUAAUUUGGAUGUAUCAAGAACAGGAACAUAUUUUGAUAGGGUAAGCAAGAAUGAAGAUCAUAAUUAUAUUAUUAAUAAUAAAGUUAUUUUAUUUGAAAAGCAGAAUAGUAGUCACAACGAUAAUAUAACAAAAGAAAAUAAAUAUUUUAAUAAGGAUAUAUAUAUAAGAGCAGAAGAUAUGUAUAUAAAUUCUGAUAGCAAAUCUAAUGAUAUUAUAUGUAUAAACAAUCACCACAAUAAUAAUAAUAAUAAUAAUAAUAAUUACAUUGUGAACCAAGAAGAAAUGUAUGCUACACAUCAUGUAUCUAGUAAAAGUAAUAAAAGUAUAAAUCUUAUACAUGAAAAAUUUCCAGAGGGUAAUAUGGAUUAUUCUCUUAAAUCUUAUAAUGUAUACAAUGACAAUACGUUAAAUAUAAUGCAUUCAACAAGUGGGGCUCCUGACAAGUUUGAUAAUGUGGGAAACAAAAUGCUGAAAAAAAUGAACUUGAAUAAUAAGAAUAAAAAUAAAAAUAACACCAACAAUAAAAAUAAUGUCAUAACAACCAACAAUAAAAAUAAUGUCAUGAUCACCAACAAUAAAAAUAAUGUCAUAACCACCAACAAUAAAAAUAAUGUCAUGAUCAACAACAAUAAAAAUAAUGUCAUAACCACCAACAAUAAUAAUAAUAACAACAUUUAUCAUAAUAAUUUCCAUAAUAAUUACCAUAAUAAUUAUCAUAAUAAUCACAAUAAUAAUCAUAAUAAUAAUUAUAACAACCUUUGUAGUAGCUGGAACGAAUCAGUGGUUACACAUAAUGGUUCCAGUUAUGAUAAUAGAAAUACAUGCGAAAAAAUAAACAUGAGUUUAAAGCAGAAUACACUUGGUAAUUAUCAAGAGGAUACAAACAAAUUAAUGGUUUCAAUACUUCAAAAUAUUCGUUUUUACAGCAACAAAGUUUAUAAUGAUAUAUUUUUAAAUAUCGAUAGUUAUAAGAAAAAGAAAAUGAAUGAAAUAAAUAUAUAUUUAUUAAAAUUACGAACCAAAAAUUAUAAUGAUUUUUUAUAUAAUUUAAAUAAGUUUUAUGAAGUUAUCCUUAGUAUUAUAAAUUCUUAUUAUGUAUGUAAAUAUAAUUCUUCCAUUAUUUAUAACAUAUGUGUUGUUACAAGAAAUUUAUUAUUAUUACUUCCUUUAGGUAUAUAUAUAUUUUAUAUUAUAAAAACAUGUAUGUAUUGUACGGUUAAAUUAAUAUUAACCAAACCUGUAAUAGUAACGGAUAAAACAUGGUUCUUUUUAUUAUAUUUUUAUAAAUGCCUUUUUGAAAAAUUAUAUGAAUAUUUUAAAUUAUAUUUUAUAUAUCCUAUGAAAAUGGAAGAAGAAAAUAAAAAUAUUACAUCUCUUGGAUUAAUACUCUCUUUUAUAAAUAUAUUUAGUGAAACCAUAUCUGAGUAUUCAAAAAUUAGAGUUAUAUCUAGAAAUAAAAAGAAGGAAGAAAUCAUUGCAUACCCUUUAUAUGAAUCUUUAAAGCCUUUCUUAUUUAUAAAUUAUUUUCAGCAUAUCGUAAAAUUAAAUUAUAUCCAAGCGCAUACUGAAGAAAUGGGUAUACUCGAUCAUAUGGGUAGUCGUGCUAGUAGUACCUACGAAAAAGAGCGCGAGGAAAAGAAUAAUAAUGUGACCAUUGAACAAAAGCAUCAUAGUAGUGAUGAUUUUCAUAAGGACGUUUAUUAUUACAACAAAUAUGAUGAUAAUGAUGAUAAUGAAGAUAAUAAUGAAGAUAAUAAUGAAGAUAAUGAUGGUGAUAAUAAUGAAGAUAAUGAAGAUAAUAAUAAUAAAUCCUCCAUACAUUAUAACCAUUCAUUUUAUUAUAAUAUCUUGGAGAAUAACCCAAAUGAUUUACAUGCAGUUUCCAAAUGUGCCCAUAUUUUAUCGUGCGAAAAAAAGAAUAAAAAAAAAAAGAAAAAAAAUCAAGAUGUAAAUCAAGAUCUAAAUCAAGGUGUAAAUCAAGGUGUAAAUAUAGAUGAAGAUAUGACAUGGAUGUAUGAAAAUAAUUUAAGUACAUACAACGAUAAGGAUAAAAGUAUUACAUUUUUAUUUGAAGAAAAUAAAUGUAGUGAUUUACAUAAUAUAGGGAAUAUAAAAUAUAUUAAUAAUAUAUAUCAAAAUGAUGAUGAUGAUGAUAAUAAUAAUAAAGAAAAAAAGGAUUCAAAUAUUUUACUAGGUACAGAAGAUAAUUAUGUUUAUAAAAGAAAAAUGGAAGAUGAAUUAAUACUUUCUAUAAAGAUAAAUUUAUUAAAUUCUAUACAUAAUUUAAUUAAAAUGUUUUCACAUGUAUAUAUAAAUGACUGGAAUAAAGUAUUAUAUUAUUAUAAUGAACCUAUACAUAAGUAUAUUCCUAUAUUUAUGUAUAUAAUUUACUAUGAUAAGAAUCAAAAAAUAAGGACUAAUGCUAUACUAUGUUUAAAAUAUUUAUUUGAAUGUAAACAAAUAAAAUACAUAUUUAUGUUAAAAAAAGAUAAAAAUGAAAAAUUUGAAGUAAUGGAAAAUAUGGAUCCUAAGGAUAAUACUAUAAAUGAUGAAGCUAAUAAAAAAUGCACAACAAAUUAUUCCAGCACAGAACAAAUUAACAAUACAGCAACAAUAAGAACAACAAAUGUUAUUAUGAACAAAAAUAAUAAUAAUAAUAAUAAUAAUAAUGAUGAUGGUGAUAAUAAUAAUAAUAAUAAAAGUAUCCUUUUGGAAGGUACACAUAAUAUAAUAUCUCCUAUGUAUAACAGCCGACGUGUCACACAAAAUAAUAAUUCUUAUUUUGAAGAUAUUAUAAAUGCAGAUAAUGAUUCGUCUAUUAAAAUGAUAUAUGAUGAAAAUAUUUUAAAUUCGAUAUCUAUAGAAAUGGCCGCCGCAGAAAAAAAUAGAACAAACAAUAUGAACAAUAAUAACAAUAUUAAUAAUAAUAACAAUAUUAAUGGUUGUAGUUCAAAACAUUUUGCACUAAACUCACAAGAUGAUCAAAAUGGAAAUAUCAUUUCUUAUGAUAAUUAUAAUAUUUAUAACAAUAUGCUACUUUUAAAUUCUAAAAAAAAAGAUCAUAUAUAUUUUUUUUCUAAUGUCAUAUGCGACAUAAAUAAUUUAAAUAAUAAUAUUUGUAAAAUGAAUAUGACCGAAUCAAAUAUAAUUUUUAUCAUUUCUAAUUUAACUAAACUUAUUAUUAUGACAUAUCUUGAAAAUAAUAAAAACGGUCUACACUCUUCUAUAGAUAGACUAAAUAUCUAUCGCUUCUUUUUAAGAGUAGCUCAAUCCAUAUCCAUCACAAAGUAUAAAGACAUAUUAUCUGUAAUUAUGAAAAUAUUCUUUUUCUAUUUGCUCAAAUAUGUUAUUUAUUUUAAUCAUGGUGAUGUAUUUUAUUCUUGUAUACAUAAAAUGCUUCAUAAUAAAAGGAAAAAGAAAAUUCACACAAACGAAAAUGAUGGCACAAACAAAAAUGAUGGCACAAACGAAAAUGAUGGCACAAACAAAGAUUGUGAUACAAACAAAAAUGGUGAUACAAACAAAAAUGGUGAUACAAACAAAGAUUGUGAUACAAACAAAAAUGGUGAUACAAACAAAGAUUGUGGUGGUAGUACAGAACAUUAUUAUAACAAUAAAAGUUCUGUGCAAAACUAUUUUACAAUAAAUGAAGCGUUUCAUAUGGAUAAUUUGCUUUAUAAUGAUGAUAACAUGAAUGAACUUGAUUUUUUUAUAAAUGAAAAGAAUAAAAAAAAACAUAUGAACGAUAAAUAUAAUAAGAAUAAACAUUUAACAUCAAACAACAUAAAUGAAAACGAGUUUCAUAAUUUAGAUUCUAUUGAAGACGAUGAACGUAUUUUCGUGUCCUUAAAUAAUUAUUUAAAAAAUUUUAAGUGUUCUGAUGAUAGUGAUCAUGUGGAUGAAAAACAUAUGGAUACAUCAGAUGACGAGAAUAUUAAUAUCAAAACAAAUUAUUGCAUAGACGAAAAAACAAAUAUGGUAAAGAUAAAUAAUGAUAUGUCUUAUAAUUAUGUGGAUAUGAAAAGACGAGAGCAAACGAAUAAUAAUAACAAUAAUAAUAAUAAUAAUAAUAAUAAUGAAUAUAUAAAAAAGAAAAAUUAUUAUGAUAUAAAAAAUGGAGAUAUGGAAAAUAUGAAUACAAAUAAUGAUAAAAAUAAUAAUCCUAAUUUUAAUUUAUAUAAUGAAGAAAUAAAUAAAACGGAGGAAAAACAAAAUAAAAAUAAAUUGAAAUCGUUAGAAUAUAUAUCGUGUGAUUGUUAUAAUAUAUUAGGUAAUAAUAAGGAGGCAUUAUUAGACAUAUUGAAGAUGGAAAAGGACAUGAAAAAAAAAAAUAAAACAAUUAAAAUGAAUUCACAAGAUAAUAUAAAUGAUAUGCAUGAUAUGAAUGAUAUGAAUAAUAUGAAUAAUAUAAAUAAUAUGAAUAAUAUAAAUAAUAUGAAUAAUAUGAAUAAUAUGAAUAAUAUGAAUAAUAUAAAUAAUAUGAAUAAUAUGAAUAAUAUGAAUAAUAUGAAUAAUAUAAAUAAUAAUAAUAGUAAUAAUUCUUAUUAUGAUGUUAAUUUUUUAUAUAAAAAUAUAGAUAAACUAAAUAAAAAUUAUUUUUCUAGUAAAGAAUCAUACGAACUUUUAAUAAAUAUUCUUUAUUCAAAUGAAUAUUCGAAAAAUUCAAAAUAUAUAUGUACUAUUACUGUUAUUAUUAAUAUAUUUUCUAUCUUGUUAUGUGAAUAUAACGAAGAUGUAUUUAAUUUCUUAUGUUCUAAUAUUUAUGGUAAAAAUGUAAAUGAAUAUUUGAAUGAACACAUUAUUCAGUGUCCACAAAUUAAACAACAUUAUGUGUAUAAUAUAUCCUUUGCUCAACUUAUUUAUUUUAUGUUGAUAUUUUUAUACAAAAUAUUUUAUCAACCUAUAAGAACCACAGAUACUAUGUUAAGCGAUGUACCAAAUAAGGAUAUAUUAAACAACGAUAUAUUAAACAACGAUAUAUUAAACAACGAUAUAUUAAACAACGAUAUAUUAAAUAACGACAUAUUAAACAACGAUAUAUUGAACAACGAUAUAUUAAAUAACGAUAUAUUAAACAACGAUAUAUUAAAUAACGAUAUAUUAAACAACGAUAUAUUAAAUAAGCUCCCAUUUGAUAUUCCACACGUUAGCAACAACCUUGGACCUACAACUCAGAAGAAUCUAAAAUAUAUGAAUGAUAAAAAUAUAGAACGUGUACAAAAUAAAGAAAAUAAUAAUAAUAAUAAUAAUAAUAAUAAUAAUAAUAAUAGUAGUAGUUGUAAUAAUAAUAGUAGUUGUAAUAAUAAUAGUAGUUGUAAUAAUAAUAGUUGUAAUAAUAAUAGUAGUAGUAAUAUAAAAAAUGAAACGAAAAAACAAGCAAUUAAUUUUUACAACGAAUUAUAUGAUAAUUAUAUAUUAUCAUAUAUACAAACCGAAAGUAUAGAUAGAAAUAAUAUACAUACUUUCGAUAAAAAUAAUUCUAUACCGUAUGAUGUACAGAUAUUUAAAAAUAUAUUUUUAGUUUUUCAAAAAACAUUAAAGUAUUAUUUAUUCUGUUACAUGCAUUGUUGGAAAGAUGUAAAAGAUUUAUUAGAAUAUUUCUUACAAACAGAUAAUAUUAAUAUAAAAAUUAUAUCCAUAAAAAUUAUUAUUGACAUAUUUACUUUUAUAAAUUCUUAUUAUGAUACCCAUGAUAAUAAUACAAAUGAUAAUGUAUCAACAUAUAAUAUAGAUGAACACAUAAAUAUUAAUAACGAAGAUUAUAAUAAGGAUCCUAUGACAAAAGGGUAUAUAAAUACAGAAAGUUAUGACAUGUAUAAACAUAUGGAACCAACAAAGGAGAAGAUGAACAACAACAACAGCAACAAGAAAAAAAAAAAUAAAAAAAUAAAUGAAAGGAAAAAUAAAAAGCACACACAAAAUGAUAACUCACACAUUAAUAAUGAUAGUGAUUGUAGUAAUAGUAGUAAUAGUAGUAGUAAUAGUAAUUGUAGUAAUAAUAGUAAUUGUAGUAAUAAUAAUUACAGUGAUGUAAAACGUUUGAACCAGUAUUUACAAACGUCCUCUUGUAAAAAUAAUAAAAAAAAUGAUCCUCAUCAACACACACUCCAACCCUUUGAAGAAAAUAAUAAUAAUAAUAAUAAUAAUAAUCAAUUUUGUAAUGUAAAUCAAGAUGAGAACCCAGAUGUAAUAAACCACUGGGAUAAAAGCAAAUCAGAUAGAAGCACGUGCAGCUCUUCUCAUUCCAUAAGAAAUAUAGAAGACACAUUAUCAAAUAUUUCAUUUUCAUCAUCAUCCGAAAAAAAAAAAAAAAAAAAAAUUAAUAAAAAUAAAUCGGAAAAAAGUAUUAGCCGUAAAAGAUGUGUUAAUAAAAAAGAUUCUCUAAAAGAUGAUGAAAAUAUAACGAUGAACAAAAAAAACAACGAUGUAAUAAAAAUAAAACAGAAAGGAAAUAAGUUUAACAAUACAUGUCAAAAGAACAAUAUAAAUAAUAAAAAUCUCCCGAAUGGACAAUAUGAUCAUUUACCUUCAUACAGAAACCAUUACAAUGAUGAACAGAAAAAAUAUAUAUUUAUACGUACUGUAGAAAAAGAUGUAAUUAAUUUAUUUAAAAAAUAUAUAUUAAUACACAUAUAUAAUAUAAAUAAAAUACAUGAUCAUGUAAUUAAUAAAAGAAGUAAAGUGAAACAUAUAUUUUUAAAUACUAUAAUAUGUAUAUCUCAACUAACAUAUGAAGGUUUUAAAAUAUUAACAAUUCAAGAUAUACAAAAAUUAACAAAUUUAGUGUCUUCCUGUGUUCAUACUAUCAAAUGUAAUAUGAUCACUGCUUUGAGUAAAUAUAUAAUUAAAUAUAUUUUUACAUUUAAUAAAAAGUUUAUACAAAGUUAUGAAAAAAAAAUUAAUAUGCUCUAUAUGAACUCUACAAAUAUAUAUUAUAAUAAUAUACACACAGCUAAUAAUAAUUAUGACAUACAAAAUGGUGAUAAUAAUAAUGAUAAUGAUAAUGAUAUAAAUUGGAAUAAUUAUAGUAAUAUUUAUAGUAAUAAUAAUGUAAAUGUAAAAACCUACAAUAAUAAAGAAUAUGAACACCUUAUUAAUAAAAAUGAUUAUAACACGCCACCAGAAAAUAUACACUCUUCUAGUGAUAUGAGUAAAAAUAAUAAACAUACUAAUAAUAUUAAUGAUAUGCCUUAUGAUAAUAAGAAUAAUCAUAUAGACGAAAAAAAAAAUACACAUAUUCCUUUAGAAGAAAAAGAUUCUUUUGAUUAUGAUAAUAAAUAUAAAGAUAUGAUCAAAAAAUUGUAUAUUAAUAAUUACGAACAAGUCAAUAAUAAUGUAGAUGAUAAAAAUGACGUUCUUGUACGUACAAAAAUUAAUAAUAAUCUUUUUGAUUUACAUUCAUUAAAGAAGGUGUCAACAAACACAAAAAAGGUUACAAAAGAAGAAAAUAUAGAAAGUGUGGAGAAUAUAGAAAGUGUGGAAAAUUCAGAAAAUUCAGAUAGCACAAAUUUAUAUUAUACUAACCAAAUGUGUAACACAAUCAAAAGAGACAAUCAUAUGAAGAAUGAAGAUAAUAAAAUAUUCAAGAGGGAUAAUAAUAUGGAAUUAGAAAGCAGUGUGAACAAGGUGGUUUCUAUUUAUUAUGACGAGGGAAAUAAUUUAAAGUCAAAUGAUUCAAAUUGUAAGAAUGAUAUUGAUAAAAAUUAUGAUAACGAAAAUGUGUCGAUAUCUGAUUAUUCACAAUAUAAAAGUAUAAAUAGAAACAACAAUAAUAAUAAUAAUAAUAAUAAUAAUUAUGGUUGUAAUAAAUAUGUACAGUUGUAUUAUUUAGAAAAACAGAAAAAUGAAGAGAAAUUAUUUGAAUUAUAUUAUAUAUAUAUCUAUAUCAUUCUGCACAUAAUAAAUUUUUAUAAUGACUCUUUUGUAGAUUUAAAAUAUUAUACUUACAAUUGUAUAUGUGAAAUAGCCAGCUCCUAUGUACCUUUUUAUUUUACUCAUAAGAAUAUUAAAACAUUUUCGUAUUAUAGUAAUUAUACGAGCAAACAAAAUAAUGAAGAUAUUAACAAAUUUAUAGAAUUUAUUAAUGAUCUAGAGAUAUCUACAAAUAUUAAUGAACUUAAAUUUUACGACAUACUAAAUCUUGGAAGCAAGAAGGUUGAAUGUGUACAAAAUAUGGAUCACACACAAACAAACAACAUAAACAAUAAUAUAAAGAACAAUAAUAAUAAUAAUAAUAAUAUAAAGAACAAUAAUAAUAUUAUUAUUCUAUCGUGUAGUGAAGAUGAGGGAAAAAAUAGGAACCAUAGAAAUGAACAAAAAAAUAUCAAUAAUAAUAAUGUGAUGAGUGAAAUACAAGAACAAAACGAUCUAACAGUAUAUUCAAAUAAAAACUUGUCAAAAAUGUUUUGUUCCGAAGAAUUUUCUUCAAAGAAUAUUUUUUUAAUUUCAUACAUUGAAUACAUAUACAUCUUAUUAUUAAUCAUAAAAGAAAAAAAACACACAGAAAAAGAUAGAGCAAUAUGUUGUAUUAUAAGAUAUAUAGCUUUCAUAUGUAAAAAUAUUAAUUUUUUUUUAUUUAAUUCUAUAAAUACUUUGCCAUCAACAUUUAUGAUUAAAUAUUAUUUAUAUUUAAAUAAUGUUAUUCACAAAAUUGAUAUGUCUAAUUUUUUUGUAUCUCAAGGGAAGAAGGAUCCUAUAGAGAUAGAAACAUCAGUUGAUCAUACGGAUUAUCCUAAUAAUAAUUUUAAUAAUAAUCAUAAUUGUAAUAGUUCUGUUAGUGUACGAUGUGAAGAAAAAGAAAAAAUGAGUAGUGAAGGGAAGGAACAGAAUAUAUUAUGCUUGACUUCUGAGAAGAGAAAAGAAAGAAAUGUGGAGAAUGAAGAAAAUAUACACACAAAUAAAAGAAGUAUGAUAAAUAUAAAUAACAAAAUAAAUGCUACUUAUGGGUUGGAUUUAUAUGAUAAUGAUAAUAAUGUUGAAGAGGAGAAAAAUAAUAAUAUGAAUUCAAAUAAUUUAUUAUCUGUAGGUUUCUUGAAUGAAAAAAAGAAAUAUUAUAAAUUGUAUCAUUUAUUUUUUAAUGUAUAUAUAAAAUAUGAAUAUAAAUUUGAAGAAUCUAAUUUUUAUGAAGGUGAAAAAAAAGAAAAAAGAAAAAAUAAUAAUAUAUUACAACAUGAUAUAAAUGGAAAACAUGGAUUUUUUGAAUCUUAUUCAGAAUUAAAGGAAUAUGAAAUACAUCCUAAUCCUAUAAUUAUUGAAAUGAUUGAUGUAUAUCAUUCUGAUAUAUAUAAAUAUACACCUCAAAAUAAUAAUAAUAAUAAUAUAGAUGGUGAGGAUAAUAAUUAUGAUGUAGAUAAUUUUCAUAAUAAUAAUAAUGUUGAUAAAAAGAUUAUCUUAUAUUUAUUAUCCAUCAUAAAAGAUCAUAUAAAGAAUAAAAUAACAUGGAAUGUUUUAUAUGCUUUAAAAUUAAUAUAUAAUAAUUUUUCUUUUUUCUUUUCAUAUAAUUUUUAUAAUUUACACAAUAAAAUAUUAGAUAAUUUAAUAUAUACCUUAAGAAACACCAGUGUAUAUAAAAUAAAAAUAUUAUCCUCCUUAGCUUUAAUACAUAUACCCUUAUAUUAUAAUAUUCCAAAGAAUAAAUUAAAAGAUUUGUGGGAAGCAAUUUUAAUAAAUAUUUCGUUUUUUGAUGAGCAUGUAAUAAAUGACAGCUUUGUUAUGACAAAUACAAACAUGAACACAAAUACAAACAUGAACGCAAAUACAAACAUGAACGCAAAUACAAAUACAAACAUGAACACAAAUACAAACAUGAACGCAAAUACAAAUACAAACAUGAACACAAACACAAAUACAAAUACAAACACUAACAUAAUUACAAACACUAACAUAAUUACAAACGGCAAUAUGAAUGAUAACACAUGUACUAAUAGUAACCUUCAAAAUAAUAACAAAGCAUACAACAACAACUAUAUCAGCAUGAGCAAAAAAACAGAGCAUAAAUAUAAAUGCACCUUAAAAAUUAAUAUUUGCGAAUUAUUAUAUAUAUGUAUAUAUAGAUCUUAUAUACAUGCUAAUAUUAAUACAGAUGUACUAAUUGGUAAUACUAAUACACACAAAAUUAAUUGUUAUGAGGCUUUUAAAAAAUAUACACACAUUUUUAAUAUUAACAACGAUAUACAUAUAUAUAACAUGAAUCAUAUUUUUAAUAAUCAUAUUAUAUAUUAUUCUUUUUAUAACAAGAAAAAGGAAAAACGAUACCAACAUAGUGAUAAUAUACAAAAUAAAAUCAACAUAAACAAUAAAAAUAUUGAUAGUAUUAAUAAUGUGGAUAAUAUCAACAACGUGGAUAAUAUCAAUAAUGUGGAUAAUUAUUCAAAUGACAAUAUAAUAAUAAGUAAUCAUAAUAAUUAUCAUAAAACAUAUGAUAAUAUAAAGAAAGAACAUCAGAAUUAUGUAAAGCAUAUGGACAACACUUAUUAUGAUAAUAAUAUAUGUGAUCAUUUAAAUAUAUAUGAUGAAGUCUUACAAUUUAGAAUUUUCUUAUACCAUCAUCUGGAUAAGUAUCAUAAUGUUUACAAAAAUUUAUUAAGUAGUAAUAAAAACUCCAUAUUUUUGAAUCUAUUUGUACAGCUACAUGAAGAAGUAAGACAUUCUUUAAAAGGGAUAAUAAAUAAAAAAUAA